ACGAGAUGGAACCGCAGCGCAUGGGCAUUCGGUACAAGCCGCCGCUGGUGUCCGUGGAGUUCAAGUGCGGCGGCAAGUUGUAUCUACAUGAGAUCGCCAUGGACAAGUACCUCUCCAAUCAUAGCGACGUGGCGGGAAUUGUACGAGCAGUGCAGUUGGACCACGCAGCGUACGUCGACGACGUGUCGACCGCCCAGCUCACACGCCUUGUGCAAAAGCUUUUUCAGAAAGUCAAACCACUUGCGUCACUCCCGGCGGCCGACUACAACAACGUGUCGGAUGCUCAGCUGCAACUUGUCAAAGAGAAAAUGGACUCUGUCUUCCUCUCGAACGUGCUCAAACCUGGCGAUCCUGGCUACGUUUACGACAAACAGAUGGAGUUUCAUCCAACAGAGACCAGCGACUGGGACGAUUAGCGCAAGACUGCCAUCCAUGCGGGUUCCGACGUCGCUCGGUCUCAACAUGAAUGACGAUUUGGACUAACUUGUCUACCGUGUUUGGCACCUACGACGUUCGCCAUGUGCACCGAUAGCAUGCUUGUGCACGUGUACAG